UCGGACGAAAUCGAUCCACAAACUUUUUGAGGUUAUACUUGAAGGACUUUAAUAAAUAUCACACCAUGGGUUGUCUAUCAUCCACUUUCAAAUACAUCCUGUAUGCAAUUAACUUGAUCUUUGUGAUUAUUGGCGUUCUGCUGAUAAUAUUCGGAUCCCUAAUGGUGGCCAGCAUGCAAAACGCCACCGAUUUCGAGGGUUCGACAAAGUCGUUAGCCUUUCCGGUGUCCGUCCUUGUAAUUGGAUGUAUCACCUUUCUGGUGGCCUUCUUCGGGUGUUGCGGAACUAUUAAGGAAAACGCUUGUCUUACAACAACGUAUUCCGUAUGCAUGCUUGUUCUAUUUUGCCUCCAAAUAUCACUAUCGAUUUGGCUAUUUGUUGAAUCCGACGUUUUUCUUGGUUUAAUGAGCGAUAUAGUGGACGCGUCUUGGACUGAUAAUAAUGCCGAACACAACUAUCCCAUGGAUAAUCUGCAAUUGACCUUCAACUGCUGUGGCAUCGUGGGAUACCAGGAUUAUGGCACUGAGGUUCCAGCCUCCUGUUGCGGCUACUCUGAUCGAUCCAAGCGGUGCGAUGUGUCCAUCUAUUCCCUUCGUCCCGGCUGUAAGACGGAAUUCGUCGAUUUCUGGUCCUCCAACAUGGUCGUCAUCCGUUGGAGCAGUAUUGUCAUUGCACUGGUGGAAUUGGUUAUAUCUGCCGUUUCCUGCCGUCUGGCCAACAAAAUGAGUAGAUAUUGA